CUUUUGCCGGGCAUGAACGUAGCGGCGCCAUUGCACGCGUUGCCUCACUCCUGGCAGUUCAGUUCCUCCACAGAUAAUGCUGGGCAUCGUUCGUGCAUUCGAGUAAACCAUUGGCUACCUAAGGGGUUCGAGCACGACAAAGUAUUGAAGUUCCUACCCAUCCUGACAUGGAUGCAUCCUGGUAUAUGCACCCCCACUCGUUUCUUUUGAUACAUAAGUACCAUCGUGUAUUGUAACGUUGUCCUGGGAUCAACUUAAAUUGAUCUCUCGAUGCCAAUGCCUCCUGCAUGCUCAUCAUCAUCAUCACAUUCCAUUGCUAAUUUUCCAUCUAUCGCAAUCCACUCAAUCCCUCAGCUGAAAAAUUAUCCUCACGAUGAAGUCAAUCCAUAUCCUCCGAUCCGAGGAGAUCGGCAACCCUGAUGCCGCCGAGGACCUCUACGGCCUUGGGGUACGACUCGGGUUCUACCUUCAAGCCCUAGCCAUGAUCCUCUACAUGUACGGUGACCCUAAGACCUACGGAACAGGGCUGAAAAUAGCCUCUGGAAGUAUCACUGUAUCCGUGUUAGCCUCUUGGCUCGAUUAUGCAGCUCAAAGCCAAUUCAGUCCAAGCGAAGCAAUCAUCGUCAUACUCUACCUCAUGAGCUUGUCACUCCCCGCCAAGUACACCCUUGUCAACCCGUGCACUAUCAAGGGUGAAUCAAUCGGCAUUCUUACCCUCAUUCUCACUGAACUAGCUACUUGCGCUGCCCUUUUAUGGACCUUUGCGACUCUCGUAAACACAUUGCCGCGAUUGGGGACUCCCAAUGUGACUUUCUUCUUCGCUUCUGUGUCUCUUACGGGAUGGUUCCGAUAUCUUGCCCUCGUGUAUUGUGUUUUCGAUGCGACAACCUCACUAAUUAGCGUGAGUAAGAUGUUCCGGAUUUUGCAUCUCGCCUGGAAACCGGAUGCAAGCAGCGACGAAUCGUUGAUGAAGAACCUUCAAGAGAUUAUCCAAUGGGAGGAAUGGCUGAUAUAUGUUGUUUGGCUAAACUGGGCUUUCGCAAUCAUCGCUAUUGAAACGACCCUGGUGUGGAAUCACUUGACUCCCUCGAACGAUCUUGGAUCACCCGGUCAGCUAAUUCCAUUUGUAACGGGAAUCAUACUGUUGCUUGAUAGUAUAGCUGUCGUGGCAAAGGAGCAUUUUAUACGGUAUUUGGAGAUGGCCAACCCGAUCUGGAAUUAUUGGUUAUUCGUUUCAUGGCUCCUUGGUCAGGGCUAUCGCGUCUAUGAGUUAUUUAAGCUGCAUUCGGUACGCAAGCUCCCUUAUAGGCAAGAUGAGGAGAGUGGUUCAGGGUUGGAGAAUAAGAGCGAAAGCGGGAGCAGCUGCUAGUUGUUUAAGUCAUUGUUGGAGCCUGUCUAUAAUAACUAUUUCUAUGGAAAUCUAAGGCAAUUGAUAGAAAA